AUGGCAGAGCAAGCAGUUUCCAACCUUUUCGGCUACCACAAUUUCGAUCACCUAGCGACCCCAGCGAGAAUUUCCCUCUUCGCCCGCCUUCAUAUCCUCGAUGUUUGGCACAACACGACGUGUAUUUUCAGAGAAGCAGAAAGAUGCCACGCACCACUCACCACUCAAGAAGGCGCGGCUAUCUGCGCAGCCUUUGGCGAUUUCUGCUUCGAGAUUGAAGACCCACUCAACGACACCGACUCUACCAAGCUAGAACUCGAACGAUUAUUUUGGAAAGCACUGUGCACUGCACAUCGAGACGAAGCGAAGAAAGAAGACGUGCUCGGAAAAGUGGAAUGCUAUUUACCAAUUGUCCUGGGCUGGAGAGGAGAAACACUGAAACAAAGUCCCAAGUCACCAGACACGGACAAGGAGAGACAUUCAAAACUGGGCGUUCUGAUACCAAAAACCACGAACAUGAAAUUGACGUCACGGAAGCGAGACAGCGGGAACAUGACUGCGAAGGGCUGGAGCGGUAACAAAGGCGCGGCGACAGCGAGUGCGGGAUACCAUGCGAGAAUGUCUAUGUCGUCGUUUGAGCAAGAUCCACAGGAGUUUGACAAGGUUUCUUUACAUUCAAUGGGCAUUCGGAACGAGAACAGGAGCAGACGGCGUUGGAGCCUCUUCACAAACAAGGCGAAUGAUCAGGUUAGGAUGGAGAUUGAUUGA